UCUGCUACCUAAAACUGUUUCCAGACCAGGCUGUUUAAGCUAGGGAAGUACUGAAUGCCAUGAGAAGAGGAUUAGAUCAUUAUAGAGGCAGGUGACAUUAUAUAGACAUCAAAUCCUUUGAAAGUCAUUUGCUAGUUAAGAAGGACAACACAAGUAAAGGAAGAGAGAGACACUGGAAAAAACACAAUUUCUACUGCAAGAACUCAAGACAUAGUGGAGCAUUUUUCAGAGAAAUAUGAAGCUUUUCUCAACUUUUGUAGUUGUGUAUCUAUUCUUGGUUCAUGUUUGCUGGGGGGAGUACUCUCUACCAAAAUUUGUCUGCACCCCCAUGCCUUUAGAUAUGGACUGCCAAGCGAGUAUGCAACGUCAUAGUGCCAGUGGCAGUGGGCACUGGGUGGGGAUGCAGGAAGAAGCCAAAGAGACCAUCCUACAUUUGCGUGAGACAGUUGUACACCAGAAAGAAACUAUCUUAGACCAGAGAGAGACAAUCAGGGAACUGACUUUGAAACUGAGCCGCUGUGAGGGUUAUCCUCAUAGUAGCAGGGGACAUGAUGAAAGUUAUGUCCAUUUGCCUGAGCAUGGAGUGGACAGAGAAAAUGGCCAUGAAGAAACACAUGGGCAUGAGAGUACACAUGGGCAUGAGAGUACACAUGGGCAUGAAAGAGAACAUGGGCAAAAAAGGGAACAUGGGCAUGAAUGGGAAGAAGGUCAUGAAAGAGAGCAUGGUCAUGAGUGGGAGCAUGGUCACAAGAGAGAACAUGGACACGACUGGGAAGACCGUCAUGAAAGAGAUUUUGGACAUGAACGAGAACAUGGGCAUGAGCGAGAGCAUGGACAUGAUAGAGAUCACAUUCAUGGACAUGAGGACGGACACACAAGAGAUCAUGAUUACCAUCAUCCCGGCCACCGGGAAUAUCGAGAGCAACCAGCCCACGAUUCUUAUCGAAAGCCCAGUUCUCCACCAAACACAAUGGAAGAUCCUCCACAGGUGACACCACCUGGGAUUCAUCAAAUGGAACGAAUGCUAGAGUCAUUAAAAGAGAGACUAGAACACCUGCAGUUGAGCAGAAAUUCAUCACUUUUUUCAACAAGUUUGAGAGACAAUCUUCAGAAAAAGAUCAGCAUCUUAGAACAACAGCUAUACAACAAGCACAAUGAAACUGGUCACCAUGACCAGGACCAUGAUCGUACUCUUGAAGACUCAAUUAGACACAAAUUGGACAGUACAUUACCGGGGAAUGAGAAAGGACACAAAGGUGAUAAAAAAUCCAAGGACUUCAGGGUCAGUUUUCCUCUUAGAACAAACUACAUGUACGCCAAAGUGAAAAGGACCCUUCACCAUGAGAUUUUUGCCUUUACCAUCUGCUUGUGGCUUAAAUCUAAUUCGUCCCCAGGGGUGGGAACACCUUUUUCAUACUCUGUUCCUGGUCAAUCCAAUGAGGUGGUGCUUAUUGAAUGGGGAAAUAACCCCAUGGAAUUGCUAAUUAACGACAAGGCUGCCACUCUUCCAUUGGCUAUUAAUGAUGCUAAAUGGCAUCAUGUUGGCAUUACUUGGUCAACUAGAGAUGGUGUAUGGGAGUCUUACCUAGAUGGUGUAAGAAGAGGAAGUGGUGAAAACUUGGCAUCUUGGCAUCCAAUAAAACCUGGUGGAGUUUUUGUCUUAGGACAGGAACAGGACACCCUCGGAGGAAGAUUUGAUGCCACACAGGCCUUUGUUGGCGAAAUUUCUGACUUUAACAUGUGGAGUUACAUCCUGACCCCAGGUGAGGUCUUCAAGUUGGCCACCUGUGCCUCUCAUUCCACUGGUGAUGUCAUAGAAUGGGCAGAGUCUACCAUGGAGCUCCAUGGAGGUGUGACCAAACUCCCGUUUAACUCUUGCCAUUGACAUGAGGAGUCCCUUCACACGCAGCAUGCUCUGAUACAGAAUCCAGACAUGGAGUGGAUUUCUGGCACCCCAAUGACUAUUGCUUCAGUUGGAGUAGAAGUAUUCUCUCUGUCGCCAUGUUUCCUACCCAUGUUUAGUUUUAUACCCUUUGUAACUGCUUAUAUAACCUAACCACAUUUCUUGUUUGUAGCGUAUUCAUUUUACAACUUAAUUUCUAGUUUAUAGUGAACUGCUAGUGGACUUAUAUCAACUAUUAUUGUCUUUCUCAAAUGAAUGUGAAGGAAAAAAAACACAAAAGCCCAAUGUAAGAUGCUGUUGUAAAACAAAGUUAUGACUGAAGAUAAAAUCCCAUUUUCAUUUUAUUUCUUAUAUAUCUGGAAGAAUGCACAGGACAUGACAAAAUCAAUUUGUACGUUAAAAAAAAAAAAAGUUGGAAUAUUAAUUGUAGUGUUUGAUAAGUAAAAAGAACUGAAUUUAGAUUAUGUAUAAUUGAUUAGAUAUCACAUAUUCACAGAGAUCCACCAUGUUUUUGUUGUCUGCCAGCAUUGAAGUAUGGCCAACAACUAACAGAAUUUCUAAAUGAUAUAUAUAUAUAUAUAAAUAUUUGUGGCCGGGAACAUAAGCUGUGGCAUAGUGCAAAGUGGGUUGUGGUGUGCCGAAGCAGACAUAUGGGUAGGUCUGUAAAUAGAGAGGCCCACCAGGAUAGUGAUAUGAUAAAGAGGAGACUGGUGGGUUGGGUCAUCGUAGCUACUUUGCUUUGUUCAGGAUGUACAGAAGCUUAAGCUAAGCUCCUCAGCUGGUGAACUCAUAUUAUAUUCACUUGAGUGAUGCCAUAGCAACUGUUGUGGCCAAUAAGAAUUAGCAGCUCUUGAAUUCCAUUUUUUUCCCAGAUGGAAGACUAUCUUCCUUGGACAGCUCCUUUCAGAAUAGGAAACCUAAAGGGACACUGUAGGCACUAUAACCAUCUAAUUGAAACGCUUGGAGACCCUUGGCACGGUCUCUCCAGUCAGCGUUAAACCAUAUAAGAGCGUUUUAACAUUAAAUAAGGGUCCCUGGCCACCCACAGCCAGGCUCCUACGGGAGCUAUAGCCAAGGCAGAAAUUACACACUACCUUCUAACUUUACCAAUUCAUAUAAGAAAUGGGCAGUGAUAGGCUGAAAGUGGUCUGCUGAUGCUCCAAGCAAGUCACAUCAGUCCAUUGCUGCCCAGACUUCUCAAUUAACUAAGCAGCACAGAGGGGAUGGGCUGCUGUGGACUCUCGUUUAGUAGUAAAACAUUUGAAUCGGUUUAACGCUGAAUGGUAGGACAGCACCAGGGGUUCCAGCCAUUAUAACUACUUCAAUGCAAUGAAGCAGUUAUGAUUGCUACAGUGUCUCUUUAAUUUUACACACUGAAGCCAAACCACCUGAAGAAACAUCAAAUAACAGAAGUUAUCUUGGCUAAGAACCCAAUUAGUCAUGUGGGGAAAAAUGAAAUGAGUACAGAAAGAAAAGAAAAAAAGUUAAUAUUUGUUGUUCAUAUCUUCUUUGCGGUGUUUUGUUGUUUUUUUUUUUUUCCUUCUUUAUUUUUUUGGUCGACUAUAUAUUAAUAAGUGUGUAUAGAGUCAUAGUUGUUCAAGUCGAUGUGUAUUACAGUGUGCAAACUUUUAGUUACAGUGUUCUUAACCUGGGGAGUAAAAAGAGCAUUUUUAAUAUGUUUUACAUUACUCAAGGGUCAGUUAUACAAAGACUGGAAACCUAAUACCAUCAUCUGCUGCAACGUGGAGGCAAAAUCCAUGUGUUAAUAUAAAUAUAUAUUUGUGUGCUUAACAAGUAUACCAUUGCAUGAAUGUCUGUGCGCAUUUUGUUCAACAUGUCAUUUAGUUACCUGUAUGCUGUUUAUAACAUAAAUGUACCGAUAACUCAUUGUUUUCCCCUUAUUAAUUUUGCUUUUUAUAUCCCUAAUGUGUGAUUUUUUUGAGGAAAUAAAAUAAGGAAUAUUUAUUUUAUUUUAGGCUGACAAAAAUUCACUGUUAAAUAUUUUUAUGGGGUGAUAGGGUAGUGAAAAAAAAAAUUAAAAAAAAUUCAGACCAGCAAUAGGUGGCUAUGAUAGGCUGAGAGUGCUAAGAUGCCCCUCUUAGCCAAUCACCACCACCUAUCGCUGCUCUGGCUUAUGCUUCCCCGUGAGCCUGAUCACCAGAGGGGACAGACUGACAGACACUUGUUUACCAUUAAAAUAUUCAAAAAUGUUUGAAGGCUGAAUGGAAGAACAGCUCCAUGCAAUUCCAGACACUAAAACCACUUCAAUUAAAUGAAGUUAAAGGUGCCUGGAGCCUCCCUUUAUCAACUAAAAUAAAAUGUGUAAGUCUU